AUGACUUCGACUAUGCUUGAGCCACUCGCUGUCCCGGCUACACCGCUCACAAGGCCACCAACCUGUAUCCUCCCAUUUUCGUCACGAACACCGUCAUUCGUUUUGUCCUCCGCGAACAAGUCUUACAGACACCAAUAUGCAAACAUUUACUUUGUGCGCUUGCAGACGCUGCGGCCUUUUGUAGAAGAGCGCGCAAGGAGGCGGUGGAAGGAUGUUAAAGGUAGCCCCGAGUUUGUGCCUCGUAUGCUAGAUGUUGUGAAGGGACAACUAUGUUUCAUCAUUGGGACAGUAUAUAUGGACAUGCCCCUCAAACCCAACGUUCUCGAGGAUCUCGCCCGCGAUCACUCGAUACCCGCACCCCCUCCGCGCGAGAAGUUCUUCUCUUCCGACGACGUCGUCACGCUUGAAGAUGAGUCAGGGCGUAUCUGCCUUACUGGAGAGAAAAUCCGUAGUUCGUGUCUAGUAACCGGCGUGAUACUUGGUGCACUGGGCCUGGAGAAGAAUAGUGGAGACUUUGAAGUUAUCGAUAUCUGCUACCCGGGGAUGGCGUCACAACCAAGUGCGGGCUUAAGCUGGGGCAACCUUCAGCAGGCAGUUAAUAGCGAGAGCAUGGUCGUUGACGAGUCACCAAACGAGCCUGGCGAUGAGUGGAUUGCUCUUGUCUCGGGCCUUGAGAUUGGCGCGCCCUCUCCAUCUGACGGCCAGAUCGAAAUGCUUGUGGAGUAUCUCACAGGAGAAGCCGGCGGGCCACAAGACCAAUCGGAAGCGGCACAUAUCUCGCGUCUAGUCAUCGCCGGGAACUCGCUCGCACCUGUCCUGAGCACAAACGGAAGCGUGAACGAAGAGACCGACAGACGAGCUAGGCGAUAUGGCUACGAUGCGGCCAACUUCUCACCACACCCCACGCUCAAUCUGUCCGCGUACCUCCUGGAUAUCGCGCGCACAAUGCCCGUGCACAUCCUUCCAGGCACGUCCGACCCAUCAGGCAUCAUCCUACCUCAACAGCCCAUGCCGCGAGCCAUGCUCGGCGGCGCAGCUUCUUUUUCCUCUUUCUCCUGCGAAACCAACCCGACCUACAUCCGACUCGGGAGCGGGGACGCGCUCAAUCAAGCCCAAAACGGAGACCUCACGAAUGUCGGUUCCCAAGGAAAACUAAUAGCCUCCACCUCCAAGCUCGCUGCGAAGCCGGCGCCGGAGUCCCAGCAAGCGCGCACGCUCCUCGUGUCCUCUGGCCAGCCGCUGCAUGACAUGUUCAAGUACGUGUCCUCGCCGCCCUGGACACGGCUCGGGAUCGUGGAGGCGACGCUGCAGUGGCGCCACAUAGCACCGACGGCUCCGGACACGCUGUGGUGCCACCCGUACUUCUCGGCGGACCCGUUUGUGAUCGGAGAGACACCCGACGUGUAUGUUGUUGGGUGUCAGCCGGACUUCGGGACGAGGCUUGUUGAAGAGGGCGGGAAGAGCCGGGACGGAGGAGGGGAGGAUGUCGAUAUGGAUGGGGCGCAUGAGGGUCGGAAGAGAUGUCGGAUCAUACUGGUGCCAGGAUUUAGGGAGACGGGAAUACUCGUGUUGGUCAAUAUGCGGACAUUCGCGGUGCGGACUGUGCAGUUUGCGGUUACAACUAUAACGCCUUGA